CACAGCCCCCCGGAUUGGCAGCUCGGCCCCGUCGGCUUGACGCGGGGAAAGGGGAGAGGGCGAGGGGACCCGAAAGUUCCGCGGGACAGGAAAACGGGGAAACCUCACUUUGCCGAGAGGCGCCCCGGAAGGAGGUCGGGCGGAGGGAGACGGGGAGGAGGAGGAGGAGGAGGAGGGGGCAGCCGACCGCCCGGACCUCCCCGAGGAAGAGCGAACCCCCGAGCGCUCCCAGCCCCCGACCGCGCCGGGCCAGAAGUGCUGGCGAAGGGAGAGCCGCGGUCCGCCUCCUUCGCCGCCGCCGCCGCCGCAGCCCCCCAGCCGAUGGCUACCUAGGAAGGUUCCCGGGGGGCGGGAGGGGAGGCGUCCACUUCUUAUUCAGAAAGCCUCCCGCAGCGCCCGUCGGUCUCGGGAGAGGCAGCCGCCCCGAGGAGACGCCGUCCCCGCUCUUGCGCCUCCGCCCGGACCCCAGCUCCGCGCCAUCCUCCCGCGCCCGCCGCGGACCAUGGAUACGCACACCCGGUGGAAAAGGAGGACUUGGCUGAGCCUCCCCUGGAGCGUGGCGCUGAUCCUGCUCUCCGCCGUCGCCCAGAGCCGUGCAGCCGAGCCUGCAGAUCUAUUGAAGGUAUUAGAUUUCCAUAAUUUACCCGAUGGCAUAUCAAAAACGACGGGCUUCUGCACAAGCAGGCGGUCCUCCAAGGGAGCAGAUGUGGCCUAUCAUGUAACCAAGGAUGCCCAGCUGAGUGCCCCAACCAAGCAGCUUUACCCCGCAUCUCCGUUUCCUGAAGAUUUCUCAAUCCUAACCACGGUGAAAGCCAAGAAGGGAGGCCAGUCUUUCCUGAUCUCCAUUUACAACGAGCAAGGCAUCCAACAGGUUGGGGUGGAGUUGGGCCGAUCCCCGGUUUUCCUGUACGAGGACCACAUGGAGAAGCCGGGCUCAGAGAACUAUCCUCUCUUCCGGGGCAUCAACCUCUCGGACGGCAAAUGGCAUCGAGUCGCUUUCAGUGUUCACAAGAAGAAUGUCACUCUGAUUUUGGAUUGUAAAAAAAAGGUCACCAAGUUGUUGGACCGGAGCGACCACCCCAUCAUUGAUGUUAAUGGUAUCAUUGUGUUUGGAACAAGGAUCUUGGAUGAGGAAGUAUUUGAGGGCGACAUCCAGCAGCUGCUCAUUGUGCCAGACCAUCAAGCAGCCUACGAUUACUGUGAACACUACAGCCCAGACUGUGACACAGCUGUGCCAGAUGUGCCUCACUCUCAAGAUCCAAACCCUGAUGAAUACUACCCAGAUGGUAAUGGGAACCUGGAAGGUGAAGGAGAAACUUACUAUUAUGAAUACCCCUAUUAUGAGGAUCUGGAUGACACAGGCAAAGCUAUCCCAACCACUGCCCAACCUGUGGAAACUGAUGAGGUAGCCAGGGAGAUGACUGAAACCACUGAGAACCUCACCCCUCCACCCACACCCCCACUGGUGGUGGAGAAGACACAGAAGGAGACUCCCAAGGAAGAGGAUGAUCUGCUGAUAGAUGAAUACAACUACGGGCCCCUUACAGAUGAGUACUAUACGCCACUCCCAUACGAAGAUCUCACCUAUGAAGACCUUGACAAUUUUGAUAAGCUCCCAGAAGGUGGCAUUGAGGCAGAAGUUCCCACCAGCACAGUUGUCACCUACAAUGAAACUGAUAGCACAGGAAGAGUAAGUGAAGGUGAAGAAGAUCCUGACAAAGACUUCUCUCUCACUGAGUAUGAGGAAGGAUACUAUGACGGUUACUUCGACAGAACUGACUCUCCUGAUAUUGGACCUGGAAUGCCUGCUAACCAGGAUACCAUUUAUGAAGGGAUCACUGGACCUCGAGGUGAAAAAGGGCAGAAGGGAGAGCCGGCGAUCAUUGAGCCAGGCAUGCUUCUCGAAGGGCCGCCUGGCCCGGAAGGCCCAGCAGGACUUCCAGGCCCGCCAGGAACAACUGGGACGGUGGGCCCAAUAGGAGAUCCUGGAGAAAGGGGCCCACCUGGACGUCCAGGGCUUCCUGGUGCUGAUGGUUUGCCAGGCCCACCUGGGACAAUGCUGAUGCUGCCGUUCCAGUUCAGCGGAGGAGGAGAUGGUGGCUCCAAAGGGCCCCUGGUCUCUGCCCAGGAGUCCCAAGCGCAAGCCAUCCUGCAGCAGGCUAGACUGGCUUUGAGGGGGCCGGCAGGCCCAAUGGGUCUGACUGGGAGACCAGGCCCCGUGGGACCCCCAGGUGGUGGAGGAAUCAAAGGUGAACCAGGAGAUAUGGGGCCUCAGGGUCCACGAGGGGUACAAGGUCCUCCGGGUCCAUCAGGGAAACCAGGACGCCGGGGACGGGCUGGCAGCGAUGGUGCUCGAGGGAUGCCAGGCCAAACGGGGCCAAAGGGUGACCGAGGUUUUGAUGGCCUGGCUGGGUUGCCUGGGGAAAAGGGACACAGGGGUGAUCCUGGUCCCUCGGGUCCUCCAGGAGCCCCAGGUGAAGAUGGGGAAAGGGGUGACGAUGGAGAAGUUGGACCUAGAGGUCUUCCCGGCGAACCUGGUCCCCGUGGUUUACUUGGACCGAAGGGACCUCCAGGGCCACCAGGACCUCCGGGCAUUGCUGGGAUGGACGGACAAACCGGCCCUAAAGGGACUGUGGGUCCUCAAGGUGAGCCUGGACCACCCGGUCAACAGGGGAGUCCAGGCGCUCAGGGUCUUCCUGGUCCUCAAGGUCCAAUCGGAGCCCCAGGAGAAAAAGGUCCCCUGGGAAAACCUGGCCUUCCUGGUAUGCCUGGAGCAGAUGGUCCCCCGGGCCAUCCUGGCAAAGAAGGGCCUCCUGGUGAGAAGGGGAGCCAGGGUCCAGCUGGCCCUCAGGGUCCAAUUGGGUAUCCCGGUCCACGUGGAGUGAAGGGCGCUGACGGCAUCCGUGGCUUGAAAGGAACAAAGGGCGAGAAGGGUGAAGAUGGCUUCCCAGGAUUCAAAGGCGACAUGGGCAUUAAAGGUGACAGGGGUGAAAUUGGCCCUCCUGGUCCUCGUGGUGAGGAUGGGCCAGAAGGCCCGAAAGGUCGCAGUGGUCCCAAUGGAGAGACCGGCCCACUAGGUCCUGCAGGAGAAAAGGGAAAGCUUGGCGUUCCUGGCUUGCCAGGAUACCCUGGAAGACUUGGCCCCAAGGGUUCCAUUGGAUUUCCAGGGUUCCCAGGAGCCAACGGAGAGAAAGGAGGAAGGGGUACUCCUGGCAAACCUGGCCCGAGAGGACAACGAGGCCCCACGGGUCCCCGAGGAGAACGUGGCCAGCGAGGCAUCACAGGGAAACCUGGUCCAAAGGGCAAUUCUGGCGGGGAUGGACCUCCAGGACCUCCAGGUGAAAGGGGACCUCCAGGGCCUCAAGGACCAACAGGGUUUCCUGGACCAAAAGGCCCUCCGGGUCCUCCAGGAAAAGAUGGAUUGCCAGGUCAUCCUGGGCAGAGAGGUGAAACAGGUUUCCAAGGCAAGACGGGUCCACCUGGACCUCCGGGUGUUGUUGGUCCCCAGGGCCCCACGGGAGAAACUGGUCCAAUGGGUGAACGUGGCCAUCCGGGUCCCCCAGGACCACCAGGUGAACAGGGACUUCCUGGCUUGGCUGGAAAAGAAGGAACAAAGGGUGACCCAGGCCCCGCUGGUUUGCCUGGGAAAGAUGGACCACCAGGCUUCAGAGGCUUCCCUGGUGACCGAGGACUCCCUGGCCCAAUUGGACCUGUGGGGCUGAAAGGCAAUGAAGGACCACCAGGGCCCCCUGGACCAGCGGGCUCUCCAGGUGAGCGAGGUCCUGCAGGAACAGCUGGCCCAAUCGGUCUUCCAGGACGCCCUGGACCCCAAGGGCCCCUUGGCCCUGCGGGUGAAAAAGGAGCCCCGGGUGAGAAAGGCCCUCAAGGGCCAGCUGGACGAGAUGGCAUCCAAGGACCAGUUGGGCUGCCAGGCCCUGCAGGUCCUGUUGGCCCCCCAGGGGAAGAUGGAGACAAGGGUGAAAUUGGUGAACCAGGACAGAAAGGAAGCAAAGGUGACAAAGGAGAACAGGGUCCACCAGGUCCCAUCGGUCCACAGGGCCCAAUUGGCCAACCAGGUCCAGCGGGAACUGAUGGGGAACCUGGUCCACGUGGGCAACAAGGACUUUUUGGUCAGAAAGGUGAUGAGGGGCCAAGAGGAUUUUCUGGCUCUCCAGGUCCAGUUGGGUUGCAGGGCUUACCUGGACCUCCAGGUGAAAAGGGGGAAACUGGAGAUGUUGGUCAAAUGGGUCCUCCAGGUCCUCCUGGACCCAGAGGUCCAGGAGGACCCCCUGGAGCUGAUGGGCCACAAGGUCCAGCAGGUGGAAUUGGAAAUCCUGGAGCUGUUGGUGAAAAGGGAGAACCUGGAGAAGCAGGAGAGCCUGGCCUGCCUGGAGACUCUGGACCACCAGGUCCUAAAGGAGAGAGAGGGGAAAAAGGUGAAGCAGGCCCCUCUGGGUCUGCUGGCCCCCCAGGCCCAAAAGGUCCCCCAGGAGAUGAUGGUCCCAAAGGUAGCCCGGGUCCGGUUGGCUUUCCGGGUGAUCCAGGUCCUCCAGGUGAACCUGGUCCAGCUGGUCAGGAUGGUCCAACAGGUGAUAAAGGAGAUGAUGGUGAACCUGGCCAAACUGGUUCCCCUGGUCCAACAGGAGAGCCAGGCCCUUCAGGCCCACCAGGGAAGAGAGGGCCGCCUGGACCAGCAGGACCUGAAGGCCGUCAAGGAGAGAAAGGUGCCAAGGGUGAAGCAGGUUUGGAAGGCCCUCCUGGGAAAACAGGUCCUGUUGGUCCUCAGGGACCUCCAGGAAAGCCAGGUCCUGAUGGGCUUCGGGGAAUACCUGGCCCAGUGGGUGAGCAAGGGCUUCCAGGUUCUCCAGGCCCAGAUGGACCUCCUGGCCCAAUGGGUCCACCUGGUUUACCUGGCCUGAAAGGUGAUUCAGGUCCAAAGGGAGAAAAGGGUCAUCCUGGACUGAUUGGUCUAAUUGGGCCUCCUGGUGAGCAAGGAGAAAAGGGAGAUCGAGGACUGCCAGGACCUCAAGGAGGAUCAGGGCCUAAAGGAGAACAGGGUAUUCCAGGUCCCUCUGGUCCACUUGGCCCUCCUGGUCCUCCAGGGCUGCCGGGCCCCCCUGGUCCAAAAGGUGCUAAAGGAUCUUCUGGACCAACAGGUCCAAAGGGCGAAACUGGUCAUCCUGGCCUGCCAGGACCACCUGGUCCUCCAGGAGAAGUAAUCCAACCCCUUCCAAUCCAGUCCUCCAAGCGGACCCGGAGAAACAUUGAUGCCAGCCAGUUGGUGGAUGAUGUCAAUUCCGACAAUUAUGUGGACUAUGCUGAUGGCAUGGAGGAGAUUUUUGGCUCCCUAAACUCUCUGAAACUGGAAAUUGAGCAGAUGAAACAUCCCUUAGGCACCCAGCACAACCCAGCUCGUACUUGCAAGGAUCUGCAACUCUGUCACCCAGAUUUCCCAGACGGAGAAUAUUGGGUAGACCCGAAUCAAGGUUGUUCCCGGGAUUCCUUCAAAGUUUACUGUAAUUUUACUGCUGGUGGGGAAACUUGCAUCUUUCCAGAUAAAAAGUCUGAGGGAAGCAAAAUGGCCCGUUGGCCCAAAGAACAGCCAGCCACGUGGUAUAGUCGCUACAAGCGGGGGUCUUUGCUCUCCUACGUGGAUUCUGAUGGCAGCCCCAUUGGAGUGGUACAGAUGACCUUCCUGCGGCUUCUGAGUGCAUCUGCUCACCAAAAUGUCACCUACAACUGCUUCCAGUCUGUGGCAUGGCAUGAUGCCACCAUGGGCAACUACGAGAAGGCCAUCCGCUUCCUGGGCUCUAAUGAUGAAGAGAUGUCCUAUGACAACAACCCUUUCAUCAGGGCGGUUCUUGAUGGCUGUGCAACAAAGAAGGGCUAUCAAAAGACUGUCUUAGAAAUCAACACACCCAAAGUCGAGCAAGUCCCCAUUGUUGACAUCAUGUUCAAUGACUUUGGGGAAGCAUCUCAGAAGUUUGGAUUUGAGGUGGGACCAGCUUGCUUCAUGGGCUAAGGGCCACUCAGAAGACUUGUCUCCAAAAGAGCAACUUCGUAACCUCAUUGCGCCUUCUAUUUUUGGCUACUUUUUUUUCCAGUCAUCACGUGCACGUUCUGAAACUGGACAGUUUGAUGGGUUUGUUUUUUAAUUGUUCUCCUGUUUAGCCUGAAUGUCAACUUUGCCACAAGACCCCCAACCUCACUGAAGCCCCAGUCAAAAAGAGGACCAUGCCCACCACAGGCUCCAGAAUCACAUGGCCUAAAGCCUCCCCGACCGACCAACGCAAGCUUUUCCUCCUUCGCUAUGCAUCUUCUGGGAGACCAUCAGAGGGCUCAGCAAUUGCGCUUGAAUGUAUGCCUCUUCCUUGAAAUCAGAAACAUGCCGGCAUGAGACUCUGCCAAUACCGUUUCACUUGCCUUCAUUUCAGCAGCUUCUCUGCAUCUGGUGGAAGACUUUCCAGGGAUCAUCCCGUUUCCCAUCCCUGGAAAGUCCCAAAGACACCGUAGGAAACCAUCAGCCAGGCGAUUCAGCCAACGUCUUAUCUCUGUACAGAAACAUGGACUAAGAACUCUGAAAAACCCUUCCAGUUUGGACUCUGUUCUUCACUGGGGUUUCUCUCAGAACCUAGAUGGAACAUCGCUGCCCCCAGAAACGUUUACCUGUUUUUUUCUGCUUAGUUCAUGAAAGAAACAACAGAAACCAACAACAUUUUAAAAUGCCAGGUUCUGACUGUAUACCCCAUGUGAUAAAGGUGCUUCUAUUUUUGUAUUUUGUAAGUAAAUAUUUGUAUAUUAUUAUAUUAAAUAUUAAAUGUUUCUGGGUUCAAAAGAUGCAUGUGAUUCACCCAUGCCCCACGGAUAACUUAAUGAGCAACCUUCUCACCAGCAUCCAAGGCAUCUGCUAGAGCCGAAGCAGGGAACCCCGUGCUCCCCCCACCACAGGGAGCAGGUUCCCUCAGAGAAAAGUGCCCCCCCGAGUGCCGUCAGCCGUAGAACUGACAUGCCACAGCCUUGCAGGCACCCAAGCAAAUGGGAUUGGAAUUAAAUAUCUGCCUGAACUUUGGGGGAAUCGAGGCAGGCAUAUCUCUAAACAAAGGGAAAAUGAGGGCUGUGCAGGGGCACCUUUACUGCCAAACACAUCACCAGUUGUUCGGUGUUUUUUUGUUGUUGUUUUUUUUGUAAGAGUGUUGAUUUUUGUUAGCUCUGACAAGCAGUAAAGACUUACGGCCGGCUCCCCCCCCUCCCCAUUCUUCUUUACCUAGUGCAAUGUACAGGUUUGUUUUUAAAAAAUACCUUUUACCAAGAAAAUCUUUUUCCCCUCAAACUUCUGUUUCAAUUCAGAGGGCCCUAUAUGGCAGGGAGACCCACUUAUGUUCUCUCUCUCCCCCAUUAUUAUUAUUAAUAGUAAUAAUAAUAAUAUUAAUUAAUACAGAGGUGCUGACAUGUUUUGUUAUUUACAUUCCUCUCUGUUGGUGCUGUAGCUGUUGGAGAAACUUUAAUGGCAAGACUGGUUGACCCUGCCAGGAGUCUCCCUCCAGCUUUCCCUUCCUUUCAGCCCCGUUCAGUGUCUCCUUCCCCCUCCCUCCCUCCCCGCCCGGCUGAGACUCAGGACGUAGAUCAGCCUCUUUCUGUCAAUGGUACGUCUGAUGACCCAUGUGAUUAAAACUGUGCUUAUCUUGCUGGGGGGCCUGGGGGUCUUUGUUUUUCUCUGGCAACAAUAGAUUAUUCAUGCAAUUCAUAUGAGGGUAAAUAUGCCGGAUUUGUACUCAGUUGCUGAAUAUUUGUGGUGCUAAUUUAUGACUUUAUUCAAUGUACUGAAGUCAAGACCAAACUUGACCUGCCUCCGAAACGACCCCUCUGUCUUUAUGGUGCAAAACCAAGCAGUGCAAUCGUGUGUGUCUUUCUCCCCUGGGGGGCUUGUGGCAAGAACCCCCCCUCCACCCCUCUUCUCACUGACCCCACAGGGGAAGGGACAGAGCACCGCGCUCCGUGUCGUGGCCUCCUGUCCAAAGAAGCGCCGCUUUGCGAAGGGGACGGCAUCACCGUUGCUGUAAAUGGAAGCCUUUCUGAGGUGUCUUUUCCCACUGCACAACCGGGGGAAGCUGAGGAUGCGAGAGCCGGGAGGUUUUGGUAACCAAGCACUAGCCAGCGCCUGCGUCUGUAGACCCACCUGGGCCUGGCUGACUGCCCUUCUUCCGUUAUGGGGGAUCCUUGUCCCCCUCCCACCUUACUUCCCCACUGGAAGGGGCAGGAUCCUCCCACAGUGGCGGUCAGAGUAAUGCUCGGGGCCCUUCUGCUUCCUCUGCAGUAUGGAAGUGAAAGAAGAUGGCACGUUUCUGACUGAAAACAGCCACGACUCCGGUUUUUGUCCUAAAAUAUCCCAUUCAGCUCAUCUUUGCCUUUGUCUUUUGAAGGUGGUGGGAGGCCUUCCCUGCAGCCCUGUCCUGCUCAGAGAGAGCAGUGGGGUCUGUCCCACCCCAAGAGGUUCCAGGGCACAAGCCUUGUGAGGUGCACAGCGUCUUCAGGAUCAAUGAUCCAGAGGUCCUGAACUGAAGCGUCCCUACAGAACAGAUUCCCUGACAGUCACUGGCUCUGAAGCCGCCCCACAUCUCAUUCCCCAAGCAGCAACCUAGGAACAACAUUCACGGUGCUCUCUCCCUUCUUUCAGGAAUUCUGGGGGUCGCCGGUGGAGGGCGGUGCGCCCAGACACGCUCUGUUAGGUCAUGUGAUUCUGAUCCGGUGAUUCCCUCCCUCCCUUCCUUUGUGGUUUGGUGCUUCUAUCAAAAUCCUACCAAGUGUUGUAAAACUGUACUGACGUUUCUUUCAUUCCUAUCCCAUUUUUCCUUCCUUCCCAAAACACGUAGUUACCGUAUAUUGCAAUAAAAUUUACUUCUUGUACUUGCAGACAUAUCUUUCUGUGUAAUUUUAUCCCCUUUCCCCUUAAUAUAUAUAAUGACUUGAACAAAUGUUGAUGAGAAAAAGUAUGAAAACAAAGAUUUAAAUCCAUAGAGCCCCCUCCCCCUUUGAAGUGAGGGUGUGUGGGUGUGUAUCUCUGCGUGUAUGUACAUGUACACACACACACACACACACACUUGCGUAUGAUCAGGUGACCCUAUUUGUACAGGUUUCCAAAUUCCAACAUAUCAGUGCCCAUAAGAGGUAUUUUUUUAAGAAAAAAAAUUAAACCUGUGUAAUAAAGGAAUAAAUGUAAUCGAUAUUUUUCAAUAAACCAAGUUUACUGUUUCCACCU